CACCCGGCGCCUGGCCACAGUGAUCACUCACGUCGUCCCUUAGGUUUGACAAUUCAGUUCUGGGGCCUGUUGAUCCAGUUCCUGAAAUAUCUCAAGGAUGAAAUUAUGCAGCAGGAAAUCAGGCCUUUGGUGGCAGUGGAUAUAAUUGAACAACUUCACAGACAGUUCGCCAUUCUUUCAGGAGGCCGAGGGAAAGACGGAGCCCCUAUCAUCACUUUUCCAGAGUUUGUGGGGUUCAAACACAUCCCAGAUGAGGACUUCCUGAAUGUCAUGACCUACCUGACUAGCAUCCCCAGUGUGGAGGCUGCCAGCAUCGGAUUCAUCAUUGUUAUCGACAGACGAAGGGACAAGUGGAGCUCCGUGAAAGCAUCUUUGACACGAAUAGCUGUAGCAUUUCCAGGAAACUUGCAGCUCAUAUUCAUCCUUCGUCCAUCUUGCUUUCUCCAGAGGACUUUCACUGACAUUGGCAUCAAAUACUAUCGAGAUGAAUUUAAAAUGAAAGUGCCGAUCGUUAUGUUGAACUCUGUCUCUGACCUUCAUGGCUACAUUGAGAGAAGCCAGCUGACAGAGGACUUAGGGGGAACCUUGGAAUAUCGCCACAGUCAGUGGAUGAAUCAUCGAACCGCCAUUGAAAACUUUGCCUUGACAUUGAAGACCACUGCCCAGAUGCUCCAGACCUUUGGGGACUGCCUGGCCAUGACAGAGCUGCCCAGAGAUGUGCCAUCCACUGAAGACCUUCUCAUGUCCCACAGCAGGCAGCGGGACAGGCUGCAGGAUGAGCUGAAAUUACUUGGAAAGCAAGGGGUCAUGUUGCUAUUGUGCAUUCAAGAACCAGCAACCAAAAGCCCCACCAGCAAACUCAAUCCCAAUGAACUUGAGAAUGUAGCCACCAUCAAAAGGUUAUUAGUUCAGUUGGAUGAAACAGAAAAAGCCUUUAGUCACUUUUGGUCCGAGCAUCACCUGAAGCUUACCCAGUGCCUGCAACUACAGCGCUUUGAGCACAACUUUUGUGAGGUUAAACUUGCCCUGGACAAUCUGCUGGCAGAGCAGGCAGAGUUUACAGACAUUGGAGACAGUGCAAUGCAUGUGGAGCAACUUCUUAAGGAACACAAAGAACUGGAAGGAAAAGGCCAGGAGCCUUUGGAAAAGGCCCAGCUGCUUGCACUAAUUGGGGACCAGCUCAUCCAAAGCCACCACUAUGCGGUGGACUCCAUCAGACCCAGGUGUGUGGAGCUGAGGCACCUCCGCGAUGACUUCAUCAAUGAAAACAAGAAAAAACAUGACAUUUUAGGAAAGUCCUUGGAGUUGCAUAGACAGCUGGACAAGGUCAGCCAGUGGUGUGAAGCGGGAAUCUACCUCUUGGCUUCCCAAGCUGUAGACAAGUGCCAGUCACGAGAGGGGGUUGACAUUGCCUUGAAUGACAUUGAGGCGUUCCUGGGCACAGAGAAGGAGUACGAGCUGUCCAGCCUCAAGGAAUUUUACAACCAGUUUGAGUUGAUGCUCACCCUUGACGUCAAGGCCAAAGCCCAGAAAGUCCUGCAGAAGCUGGGCGAUGUGCAGGAAAUAUUUCACAAGAGGCAAAUGAGUCUGAUGAAACUGGCAGCCAGACAAACUCGCCCAGUGCAACCUGUGGCCCCUCAUCCUGAGUCCUCCCCAAAGUGGGUGUCACCAAAAACCAGUCAACUCUCCUCCUUGGCUCCUCUUCAGAAAACACCUGAGGCACCUUAUCUGGAGACAGAGUUGAACUCCCUGGAAAAGAAAGAUGAUGAGACUAAAUCUGAAGUCAAGGAUGAAGAAAUACUUGAAAGCAGUCAUGGUGGGGAGAACCCUGAGCCAGAGCAUCUCGGCGGUCCCGAAAAUCUUUCCCCUGACAGGCGCAUUGUACGUGACUUGCUUGAGACUGAAGAGAUUUAUAUAAAAGAGAUUAAGAGCAUAAUUGAUGGAUAUAUCAUUCCAAUGGAUUUUAUUUGGCUGAAGCAUCUGAUUCCAGAUGUUCUUCAGAAUAACAAGGACUUUCUCUUUGGGAAUAUUAGAGAACUUUAUGAAUUUCACAACAGGACUUUUCUGAAAGAAUUGGAAAAGUGCAUUGAAAACCCUGAACUUCUGGCACGCUGCUUUCUCAAGAGAAAAGAAGAUCUUCAAAUAUAUUUCAAAUAUCAUAAGAAUCUGCCCCGAGCUAGGGCAAUCUGGCAAGAAUGUCAGGACUGCGCCUACUUUGGGGUCUGCCAGCGCCAAUUGGAUCACAAUCUCCCUCUUUUUAAGUAUCUUAGAGGACCGAGCCAGAGACUUAUGAAAUACCAGAUGCUGUUGAAGGGUCUGCUGGAUUUUGAGUCCCCUGAGGAUUUGGAAAUACACCCAGGUGACCUUGAUGGAGGUUUGGCUAAGAAUGAGCCAAAGAGGACCAAGGAUUCAGCUUUCUCAGCCGAACUACAACAAGCUUUGGCCAUGAUGGAGGAUUUGAUCAAGUCCUGUGAGUUGGCUGUGGACCUGGCAGCAGUCACUGGAUGUCCGGAUGAUAUUGGAAAACUGGGCAAGCUGUUGAGGCAUGGCUCCUUCAACGUCUGGACAGUUCACAAGGAUCGUUAUAAGAUGAAGGAUUUUAUUCGAUUUAAGCCCAGCCAGAGGCAAAUCUAUCUAUUUGAAAGGGGAAUAGUGUUCUGUAAGAUACGAAUGGAGCCCAGUGACCAGGGCCUGUCUCCUCAUUACAUCUUUAAGAAGUCUAUGCAGUUGCUGACAAUUUCAAUUCGCCAACUCGGAAGAGGGAGCAACAGAAAGUUUGAAAUUGCCAACCGAAAUGGACUUGAGAAAUAUAUCCUGCAGGCAGCUUCAAAAGAAAUCAGAGAUUGUUGGUUUUCAGAAAUAAGCAAAUUAUUGAUGGAACAACAAAACAAUAUUAAAGAUGUUUAUGAGGAUGAAGACAAUGGCAGACAGAUCUCCCCCAAAUGCUGCUCCGGCAGGGAGUUUGUCUCCGUGGAAACUUUUGACGAUUGCGAAGGUGCAGAAGAUAUGGAAAAGGAGAGCAGUGCUCUGAGUCUCUCGGGACUUUUCCAGUUGGACGACAGUUAUGAAGGCUGUUCCUCCAAAUCUGCUCUGGAAACGGGAGAAAGCAUCCAGGGAGAGAGAGACGACGAUGAAGAGGAAACCUGAGUGUGAAAGAGGAAAGGACAGUAAGCGAAUGUCAGCCAUGGCUUCUCUGACUUUCUUCUUGGAAUUUCGGGGCAACAAACAAAACUGAGGAGAGCUUGGGGUGUCCACUCGCUUGCUCGCCCCUGGGGGAGACGACUAGUUUCUGGGCAAAAGCAGUGCGGGCGAGGGAAGGAUGCCCGAGGCCCCCCUCCCCAGAGAACUGACACUUGUUCGCGACACCCGCGGCUCCCCGGCUCCGCCGCGCCGCCCCAGGCCGUCCUCAUUCCGGGGACAGGCUGCUGGGGCGCCGAGGCCGGGCCCACCCUUAAGCAGAAAGCAGCAGACGGGCCUCGGAGCCCGCGGACCCGCCGCCGGGGCAGGGGGCGCAGGGCAGCUUUCCGGAGCCUCAGGAGCCGCCCACGUCCCGCCCGCGGAGCCCACCCAUCCUGGCGCCGGCCGCGGAGACCCUCGGCUGCGUGCCCGCGCCUGCGCAGGCGGUGGAGCCCCCUCCUGGAGGGCUGAGGCCAGGGUUUGUCAACGUUGGCACUUUUGACCCGGCCGGAUCGUUCUUUGUUGUGGGGGCUGUCCUGUGCAUUGUAGGAUGUUUAGCAGCAUCCCUGACCUCUACCCACUAGAUGCCAAUAACUCCGCCGCCCACUCGCCCAAAUUGUGACAAUCAAAAAUGCCUUCAGACGUUGCCUAAUUUCUCCUGGGGUGGGGUUUGAGGGGAAAUGGGUUGAGAACCUCUUAUCGAGCCUUGGUGGAGCCUGAGCGACUCAAACCCAACAUGGGCCGAAGACUGCCCCCACCCCUACCCGGCGUUCUUCCUCCCCCCCCCCCCCCCCCCCCCCCCCCCCCCCCCGCCCGCCCGCCCCCCUCCCCCGGGAGAAUGUUCAAGUGAUGCUUUUAUUACUUUGUUCCAGGGUUGUUUCGUUUCAGAGCAGGUUGGUUACAAGUUAACUUAUGAGAUAUUUAGGUUAUAUUAUCCUAGUUACUUAGAGUUACUUAUGCUGAGUUAUUUAUUUUAGUUAUUUUAUGUUUUGGGUUACUUUUAUGUAGUUAGUUUUUAAAGGUUUUUUUUGUGGUUUGGCGUUAAACUAGUUCACUUUUAGUUAUUUCAUUUUGAACAUAUUUUCUGAAUUUUUUAAUUUUCAUAGUUGUUGAGUUAUAUUCGGAGUUACUUAUUCUCAGUUUUUUCUUUUCAAUUGUGUCUUUGCCAUUUAAAAUUUUUUUUCUGUUCUGUAUUUUUUCUUAUUCCAUUUGCAGAUUUAUUUAUUUUCCGGAUUAUUUAGUAUUUAGUAUUAGAAUUACUUAGUCUAUCAGUCAGGAUUCAGUCAAGAGAGAGACACCAUACCAGUUACUUUAACAGAGAGAAUUUAAUAUAAAGAAUUGUUAUUCAGCUAUUGGAGACUUUAAAAGGAAAACAAAAGUGAUAAUAAGAUGUCAUGGAGAUUUUAACUGCAAGAAGCAGCUGCCAGCCCAAGGCUGAGGGAACAAAGGGAGGAGGUUGGAGGUGGCCUGUGUGGCUCAGGCGCUCCCUCUGAGGAGGAGGCACUGCCCGGUGGGACAGGAGCCCCAGGAGCUCGAAGGCCUUGGGGAUCUGGAUGCAGAACUCUGAGGGGGGGCCCUGCCAGCUGGUGCUGGUGUCUGAGGAGGUGUGAUGAGGCUGAUUAUGGAAGUGUUGGGAGAAUGGCAAACUGCAGCUACUGGAACCAACUGUUGCUGUCAGGGUGAAGAGCAGUUGCUAGGGGAAUGCUGACAGGAACCUGGGCACACAGGGUCCCUCUCCUCUCCUCCAACCUCUGGUCAGUCUGCGCGAUGGGCCAAGCCUGACCGGGAGCAGCUGGCAAAGGAGGCAAGUGGCCCCACACCAGGACGCAGAGAACAGAAGGGCGGGCUGGAAGCUGAGAAAUCAUAGCCAAUAACCAGCACUCUGAACUCUGGAGUUACUUGGUUUUAGAGUUAGUUUUGGGUUUAGUCAGUUUGGGAAUUGUUAGGGUCACUUUUCAAUGGACAUGGGAUCUGGCUCAAUCUUCGGUCUCCUGAUGUGUUUCUGGAAUUGAGUGGGUCAACAAACACCGAGAGGAGUGGCUCCCAUGAGACUCGAGAAAACCACUUUAGAGUUUAAGAAAAACAGAAAUAAGUGUCUCACUUUGUUCAUAAAGAAGCCCUUUGAAUGCAUGACCAAAAAAGGGCAGAGACUAAGGGACAGGCUGUCAGGGAGGGGCUCCUUGGCACCAUUGUCCAGCAGAGUGUUUGAAAUUUUUCAGAAAGUUCAGCUAUGUUGCGCGGCCACCCUCUCAUGCCUCCUCUCCUAACAACAAAGUAUCUUUCUUGAUAGAGUGAGUUUCAAGUUUGUAGACUACGAUAUUUAUUAUUUGCACAAUACAAUAAAGUUUUCCCCAAAUCUAUAAGAAAUUUUAUUUCCUUCUACCUGAAUUAUUUUCCAACCGACAUUCUUCCAUUUGACUGUAAGAACAUUUAUUUAUUUGUGUAUGUAUUCACUCAUUUCAUUCAACACCCAUUUCCUGAGCAACCCCGUCAUAAGGAAGGUGCUGGCACCGGGAGAGACCAGGGAGGUACAAAGGUGAGUGAGAAGCUCUCAGUCCGGUUGGGGGAGACAGACAUGGAAACAGAUCAUCACAACAUGGUGUGACAAGUAGUAUGGGGGCUCAGAACCCUGCCACUGACUCUUCGUGAUGCAGUCAGGGAAAGGGGGAUGUCUGAGCUGGGUCUCCUGGAGCAAGCAUUUUGUCCAGGUGAGAAGAAGGAGAAGGGCGUCCUGGUCUUGCACAGGCCCAGAGGCGCGGAGGAGCCAUGCACGGCAGGGAGGAUGCAUUGACAGAGCUCGCCGGGCCACAGGGUUCAGAAAGGCGCUAACAUUAAGGGCUGGCCCUGGUGCUUGGCAGACAUGGCCUCAUUUGGACCCCACAGCCAGUAUUCUCAUACACUAUUGGUGAGAGUGUAAAUUAGUGCUAGCUUUUUAUAAGACAAUUUGCAACAGCUAUCAAAAUUUUAAAAUAUGUAUAUGAUUUGAUCCAGCAAUUCCACUUUUGGGAUUUAUUUUAAUGAUAUACAAAUGAACAAAGAUAUGUGUACAGGUGUCCAUUUUAACAUUAGUUUUAAUGGGAAAACAAGUAGUGGGAGAUGGGGAAUACCCGAAUGUCUGUGAUAGUGUUAAAAUUUACCCCCAAAUUGAUCCUCCUCCCUUCAAAGAGUGGAGUCAAAUUACCCUCCCUUUGAGUGUGGGCUGUACUCGUGACUCUAAUAAAUAGAAUGUGGUGGAAGUGAUGAUAAUAGACUUUCAAAACUGGGUUAUGAAAAGCAUUUUGGCUUCUUCCUCAUUCUCUCUCGGAUUACUCACUGUGGAAAAAGCCAGCCACCAUGUUGAGAGGAUACUGAAGCAGCCCUAUGGAGAGACCCGUGUGGCAGGAGCUGAAGCCUUUCGCCAACAGUCCUGUGAAUGAGCCACUUUGGCAGUAGAUGCUCCAGCCCUUCAAAUGGCCUCUGCUCCAGCUGAUGUCUUGGCUGAAACCUCAUGAGAAGCCUGGACCCAGAAGAACCCAGCUAAGCUGCUCUUGAAUUCAUUACUA